AUGGCUGCCAACUUUGUCAUCACAAAGGAGAUCUCCGUCAACGGAAACAAGAUCACAAAGUUCCGCUCCUCAAAGACCGGUCUGAGCGUGGUCCACGUUGACAACGAAGGUCCCAUUGUCAACGGAUACUUCACCUUGGCCACAGAGUCCUUCGACGACGAUGGUUGCCCUCACACCUUGGAGCAUGAGCUCUACCCUUACAAGGGUGUCCUCGAUGGCCUUGCCAACCGUGCCUUGGCAAACGGCACCAAUGCUUGGACCGAUGUUGAUCAUACCGCUUACACUAUCGCCACAGCCGGCAGUGAAGGUUUCCUGAACAUUAUGCCCAUUUACAUUGAUCACAUCCUGUAUCCUACCAUGACCGAGGCUGCCUACUACACGGAGGUUCACAACAUCAACGGAGACGGUGAGAACGCCGGUGUCGUCUACUGUGAGAUGCAGGGUCGCGAGAACAGUGCCGACUCUAUCAUGGAUCUUAAGCGUCAGCGCAUCAUGUACCCCGAGAACUCUGGAUACCGCUAUGAGACCGGUGGUUUGAUGUCAUGCCUUCGCUCUCUCAAGGCUGAAAAGAGUAAACGACUUGGCUUUCUGCUAUACUUUGCACCUAUUUACCACCGCGACUACUACCGCCCCGACAACCUGUGCUUAAUCAUCUCUGGACGCGUAGAGCACAGCGACCUUUUCAAGGCCCUCGGCCCUGUUGAGGAGCGCAUCAUCUCCAAGGGUCCCCUCCCUCCCAUGAAACGCCCAUGGGUUGACUCGCCUCAGGCUCCUCUCAUGAAGGAGACCACCAACACGACUGUGACCUUCCCCUCCGAGGACGAGGACAUGGGCGAGGUCGGCAUCAACUGGUUUGGUCCCCCAGUCACCGACUUCUUGUCGUUCCAAGCCUUGGAUAUCUUGGAGACUUAUCUCACUGACUCUGCUGUUGCCGUGUUGAAGAAAGAGAUGGUCGAGAUUGAGGACCCUUACUGCACCUCUAAUGUGGUAUUCCGCUCCUUCACAGCUGUCGACUUUAUCACCCAGCAGCGCAUUCGUGCUGAGAUUCGCCUGGCAUUCGAGAGUGUCCCUACCGAGAAGCUGGAAGAGGUUGAGCCAAAGUUCUUCUCGAUCCUGGAAAAGAUUGCCAAGGAUGGAUUCGACAUGGACCGCAUGGCUGCCGUGAUCAAGCGCGAGAAGCUUAAGCUUCUUGAUCGUCUCGAGACCAGCCAUAUGACUUUGGCCUGGCCCUGCUUGAUCCACUCGCUGUACGGAAAGAAGGAUGACAGCGAUCUUGCCGAAUUUGUUGACGAUAUUCACAACCUUGACGCUGUCGCCAAGUUUGACAACGCCACCUGGGUGACAUACCUCCGCGAGUAUUUUAUUGAUGCCAAGAGGGCCACCAUUAUUGGCAAGCCUUCAGCUGAGCACGCUGCCAAGCAGGCUGAGGACGAGGAGAAGCGAAUUGAGGAGCAGCGCAAGUCUCUUGGCAAGGAGAAGCUGAAGGAGCUGGAGAAAGAGCUGGAGAAGCACAGGGCUCAAAAUGAUAUCCCCGUCCCCGCCGAGAUCUUUGACAACUUCCCUAUCCCUGAUGUCAAGGGCAUCGAGAUGAUCAAGGUCGUCACCGGUCACGGCCAGCCUGACGCCAAGUUCGACAACGAGGUUCAGAAGCACUUGGAUAGCGACCUCGCUGAGGUUCCUUACUUUAUUGAGUUUGAUCACAUCAAAUCGGAGUUCGUCGAAUUGAGCCUCUUCCUCACAACCUCCGAUCUCCCUGCAAGACUCCGCCCAUACCUCGACAUCUACUUUGACUCGCUCUACUCUCUUCCCUUGAUCGACCCUGCCACUGGCGAGGAGACUCCCUUCGAGAUCGUUGUGAAGCUGUUAGAUCAGGAUACCGUCAGCCAUGACUGCGGCGUUGGUGUCAGCGCCAUGUUCCGUCAGUUAGCCCUUGUCCUCCUCAAGACUGAGCGCGCCAAGUACGCCGAGGGCAUUGCCUGGCUCAAGAAAAUGACCUGGGAUACCCGCUUUGAUGCUGAUCGUCUUAAGGUCAUUGCCACCAAGCUCUUGAAUGAUAUUCCUUCCCAGAAGCGUGAUGGAUCUAGAAUGUCCAGGGUGUGCAUGGAUGCUAUUUCGUACGACGCUGGAAAGUCCAACAUUUCUUCGUUGAGCAUCUUGCAGCAGUCCAAGUUCUUGCCCGAGGUCAUCAAGCAGCUCGAGAAGGAGCCCGACACCGUCAUCAAGGCCAUGAACGAGCUCCGCGAGAUCUUGACUCGCCCUGCAAACAUCCACAUUCAGGUCCAGGGUGACGUUCUCAGACAGGAUCAGCCCAAGACUGCCUGGGUCAAGAACUUUGGUGGCAAAAAGGAUUCCUCCCCUCUGGCACCCAUCCCCUUCUCGAGCCAGGUCUGGAGCGAGGCCGGCAAGGCUCCCGGCAAGAAGGGCUACGUCGUCAACAUGCCCUCGAUCGAGAGCUCUUUCGCUGCCCACGUCGCCCGCGGCCCCACUGACUUUUUGGAUCCCGAUUAUGCUGCUCUCUUGGUCCUCUGUGAGUGCCUCGACACGCUCGAAGGACCCUUCUGGAAGCAGCUCCGUGGAAGUGGCGCCGUCUAUGGCGCUAACCUCCGUGUCGAUGUCGAGUCGGGUUUCUUGUCCUUCAACAUCUACCGCUCCCCCGAUGCCCUGAGAGCCUUCAACCUCGCCAACCAGAUCGUCCAGGACUAUGCCUCGGGCAAGUCCAAGUUCACCAAGCAGGAGUUAGAGGGUGCCAAGGCCAGUAUUGUCUAUCGUAUUGUCCGCAAGGAGGAGACCAUCUCUGCGGCUGCGACCGAGGUCUUUGUCAACCAGGUGCUGAAGAAGGUCUCUGCAGAGUACAACAAGGAAUUCUUGGAGCGCGUCCAGGCUGUCACGCCUGCUGAUCUCCAGCAUGCCAUGGACAAGUAUCUGAUCAAGGUCUUUAGCCCUGAGUCGUCCAAUGUCGUUGUUACCAGUGCCACCAACAAGGUCAAGGAUAUCUAUGAGGGCUUCAAGAAGAUUGGGUUCCAGCUCGAGACCAAGAACAUCGACGAGAUGUAA